AUGAGGACUACACUCUUAGCUGUGGAUGAGCGUUAUAAAAUUGGAACAGAUAGUAGUGACCCGAUCACUCAUCGAUAUUCAGUUCACCGUCAACCUGUUAAAAACAUUUCAAAACCUACUUGCAGUAUCGCCAGAGUGAAUAUUGAUCCAAUUACACAUCAAACCAAGUAUACACAACCUAGUCAACUAUCAGCUGAACAAACCGAUGAAACAUCAACAAUAAUAGACAACAUCAGUGAGAUAUCCGUAGACAGUUCAUCUACACUUCGACAAGAUAGACGUUUACGAAGGGCUAUUCGAAAUCCCAUUACGGGGGAGGGGAUGUUUGACAGUGACUAUAUUGACCUGCUUAAACUGCCAAGUGAAUAUUACUUCAGACGAAAUCGAGACACAAGUUCAUCUGUAUUAAGCGUACCAUCAGGACAUCCACCAGCGCCACCGACAACAGCAACGAUGACGAAAAAGGUGACCAGUCAAAGAGAGGCGAGUGUACCAGCCAAGCCAACUGCAAACAAACCAACACCACAACCUCCGGUACAGCAGCCACCACAAUCGAAACCACCAUCAACUUCUCAAAGUAAACCGGAGGCGAAGGUUGAAAAAAAUGGUCCACAAGCUGUAGAGAAGAAGGUUGUCCGCCCGAAGAAAGUUGAAAUGCCGGAAGAGAAAAAGCCGCCAUCGGAAACAGCACCAGUCACAGAUAGUAAAUUAGCCGACAAAAGUGUAACUCCACCACUGCCAAUUACUGAAACAAAUGCACCAACGAAAGACACACCACCAGAAAAGUUAGAAGAAACCGUAGAGGCCAGCCCUAAACCCAUUCUACCACAACUAAACACUGAAAAAAAAUCAUUAACUGAACAACAACAACAACCUCAAUCACUAAGUGAAGAACCAGUACCUUCACAGCCUGCAACACCUUUGAAAGACGAUACAGUAAUAAAAGAAAUAGUCGAAGAACCAACUCCACCUAUUGCCAGUGAUACACCACCCCCAGUUGCAGAAACAAAACCACCUGCUGACAUUAAAACACCUCAAGCAGCCGAAGUCCAAAUACCGAAGGACGAAUUACCGUCAGAACCCUCUGCAGAAGCACCAAAUAAAGAGUAA